AUGAAACGAGACGUCACAACAACGUUGAAUACAUUGCUUAACCUCUGCUCAACACCUAUUCUACUGGACAACAACCCGACUGAUGCUGUGGCGCCACCGAAUCGCAAGUCGAACAUCAUACGCUCGCUGAAAGCCACCUUCGCGAUUGGACUAUCGCCAAUAACGAUCCUUGCCGGCACCUAUGGAUUGAUCUUCCAGGGCUGGUUCAUCACGAUCGGUGCACAGAUCCCGAUCAUUGUAUUCGAACCACUAGAAGCUGGAGGCUAUGGCUUCUCACCAGUCGGAGUCUCAAAUUUCUCCUUCUCUGCCUGGGUCGGCGCGCUUGCUGGUGUGGUCUACGGUAUCCUGGUGAAUGGUCGGAUCCCGCAGCUUCUGCAAAAGCGGAACAAUGGGAUCUGGCGGGUAGAGUAUCGCCUUCAUGCCGCCUGGCUACCAUCACUCAUCGUGGGGCCUAUUGGAUGUGGCCUGUUUGGAGCGGCUCUGCACAACCACUGGCACUACAUGAUCCUCGCGGUCGCCGAGGUGUUCAUCAUCUUUGCCGCCGUGGCUUGUGUUCCGCCGCAGACGAACUAUAUCAUCGAGAUCUGGAAAGGAUCUCCGCAGGAAGUGUCGACUGCCCUUAAUGUGUGGCGUAUAUCAUUCGCCAUUGCUGUGCAGUUCCUAUACGACGGGUGGGUGGAGAAGGUGGGUGUACAAUGGGACCUUGGCUCAGGCACUUCAGUCUAUGGCCAGAUAGCGUUGAGGCAGACUCAUCCAGGGACGAUGACCGACUUGGUUCUGUUGAUCAAGUUCGUUGACGCUGACAGCGCUUCGUCUCUCCGAGGACGAGAGCCAACGCUUGAACCUGCGAAGGCGUCGCUGCGAUGCGGGGUACACGGUAGCAUGCUUGAGGGCAAUACAUGA